AUGGCGACGGUGUGGUGCCUCUGCGAGCUGGUCAAGUCUUGCUGCCCCAGGAGCGGCACACAGCACCGGGGCACGCGCUGCGCGGAGCCACUGCUUCUGCCGAGGUCCAGCACCUACCGUGACCUGCGGAAGGGUGUGUACGUGCCCUACACCCAGGGCAAGUGGGAAGGGGAACUGGGCACUGACCUUGUCACCAUCCCCCAUGGCCCCAACGUCACUGUCAGAGCCAACAUUGCUGCCAUCACGGAGUCGGACAAGUUCUUCAUCAAUGGCUCCAACUGGGAGGGGAUCCUGGGGCUGGCGUACGCCGAGAUCGCCCGGCCCGACGACAGCCUGGAGCCCUUCUUUGACUCCCUGGUGAAGCAGACACGGGUGCCCAACAUCUUCUCCCUCCAGCUGUGCGGGGCAGGCUUCUCGCCCAACGAGACGGAGGCCCUGGCAUCGGUGGGGGGCAGCAUGAUCAUUGGUGGCAUCGACCGCUCGCUGUACGUGGGUGACAUCUGGUACACACCCAUCCGGAAGGAGUGGUACUACGAGGUCAUCAUCAUCAAGCUGGAGGUCAACGGGCAGGACCUGAACAUGGACUGCAAAGAGUACAACUAUGACAAGAGUAUCGUGGACAGUGGGACCACCAACCUCAGGCUGCCAAAGAAGGUGUUCGAGGCUGCGGUGAAAUCCAUCAAAACAGCUUCUUCGACGGAGAAGUUCCCAGACGGCUUCUGGGUGGGGGGGCAGUGGGUUACCACCCCCUGGCACAUCUUCCCUGUCCUGUCCCUCUACCUGAUGGGGGAGGCCCCCACCCAGCCCUUCCGGAUCACCAUCCUGCCCCAGCAAUACCUGCGCCCGGUGGAGGAUGUGGCCACCUCUCAGGAUGACUGCUACAAGUUCGCCAUCUCCCAGUCCUCCACAGGCACCGUCAUGGGUGCAGUUAUCAUGGAGGGCUUCUACGUGGUCUUCGACCGUGCCCGCAAGCGCAUCGGCUUCGCUGUCAGUGCCUGCCACGUGCACGACGAGUUUCGGACGGCUGCAGUGGAGGGGCCCUACCUGCACGCCAACAUGGAGGACUGUGGCUACAACAUCCCGCAGACGGACGAGUCCACCCUGAUGACCAUCGCCUACGUCAUGGCAGCCAUCUGCGCCCUCUUCAUGCUGCCCCUCUGCCUCAUGGUGUUCCAGUGGCGCUGCUUCCACUGCCUGCAUGCGCUUGCAACUAGCGUCCAGUUCCCAUGCCUUGCUCCAAAACUGCAAGCAUCCAGCGAUUCCGCUCCGGCGCAAGAGGGCGACGCUAUGCUAUUGCAGAGCGCGCACAGACCUCCACACCCUCGUGCCUGCCCAGGACCCCCCCAGGAUCCCAGAGACUCUGCUGUGGACCACAGCCUUAAAACGCGCUGGCAAGCGUGUGUGUGCGUGCAGAAAGAUUCGGACUGCGGCCAAAUUCAGGUGUGCUGCACCCAGGCAGCACUUGCCCUGACCAACCCCGAGGCAUAG